GUUUUAAGCCUCACAGGGCUGCAGAAGCUCUUAUUAAGUAACUCUUUGUGUCCCAUUUUCCUCUUAAAAGUGGAUUGAUUAUAUAACAGUCAGAAUGUAUGGAUUUGUUAACCAUGCCUUGGAGCUGCUUGUUAUAAGAAAUUAUGGGCCUGAAGUAUGGGAAGACAUAAAAAAAGAGGCUCAGCUUGAUGAAGAGGGACAGUUCCUGGUCAGAAUUAUUUAUGAUGACUCUAAAACCUAUGAUCUUGUGGCUGCAGCAAGCAAAGUACUCAAUCUUAAUGCAGGAGAUAUCCUACAGAUGUUUGGAAAUAUGUUUUUUGUUUUUUGCCAAGAAUCUGGUUAUGAUACCAUCCUACGUGUCCUUGGAUCUAAUGUCAGAGAAUUUCUGCAGAACUUGGAUGCUCUCCACGAUCACCUUGCUACUAUUUAUCCUGGUAUGCGUGCCCCAUCCUUUAGAUGUACUGAUGCAGAAAAGGGAAAGGGACUUAUUUUGCACUACUACUCAGAGAGAGAAGGACUUCAAGAUAUUGUUAUUGGAAUUAUUAAAACAGUGGCUCAGCAAAUCCAUGGAACUGAAAUAGAUAUGAAGGUAAUUCAACAAAGGAAUGAAGAAUUUGACCACACACAAUUUUUGAUUGAAGAAAAGGAUACCAAGGAAGAAGACUUGUAUGAAGACCUGGACAGAUUUGAAGAGAAUGGUACUCAAGAAUCUCGUAUAAGUCCAUACACUUUCUGCAAGGCUUUCCCUUUUCACAUAAUGUUUGACAGAGACCUUGUGGUUACACAAUGUGGGAAUGCUAUUUACAGAGUUCUUCCACAGCUUCAACCAGGAAAUUGCAAUCUCCUAUCUGUUUUUUCAUUGGUGCGGCCCCAUAUUGAUAUUAGUUUCCAUGGCAUUCUGUCUCAUAUCAACACUGUGUUUGUCCUAAGGAGCAAGGAAGGUUUGCUGGAUGUGGAAAAAGCAGAAAAUGAAGAUGAACUAACUGGUACUGAAAUAAGCUGUCUACGUUUGAAAGGACAAAUGAUCUACCUCCCAGAAGCAGACAACAUUCUCUUUCUUUGCUCUCCAAGUGUAAUGAAUCUAGAUGACUUGACAAGAAGAGGUCUGUAUCUGAGUGACAUCCCUCUCCAUGAUGCCACGCGUGAUCUGGUGCUUCUGGGAGAACAGUUCCGCGAGGAAUAUAAAUUAACACAAGAACUUGAAAUAUUGACAGACCGUCUGCAGCACACUUUGAGAGCACUGGAAGAUGAGAAGAAAAAGACUGAUACCUUGUUGUACUCUGUACUUCCACAGUCUGUUGCAAACGAACUUAGACAUAAGCGUCCAGUUCCAGCUAAAAGAUAUGACAACGUGACUAUUCUAUUUAGUGGUAUUGUGGGCUUCAAUUCGUUUUGUAGCAAGCAUGCAUCUGGGGAAGGAGCAAUGAAGAUCGUUAAUCUUUUGAAUGAUGUCUACACACGAUUUGAUAUUUUAACCGACUCUAGAAAAAACCCUUAUGUUUAUAAGGUGGAAACCGUUGGAGAUAAAUAUAUGACAGUAAGUGGUCUUCCAGAACCAUGUGUCCAUCAUGCACAAUCUAUUUGUCACCUUGCGUUAGACAUGAUGGAAAUUGCGGGGCAAGUUCAAGUUGAUGGAGAGCCAGUUCAGAUAACUAUAGGUAUUCAUACGGGGGAAGUUGUCACAGGAGUUAUAGGUCAAAGAAUGCCACGUUACUGCCUGUUUGGAAAUACUGUUAAUCUGACCAGCAGAACUGAAACAACUGGAGAAAAGGGAAGGAUCAAUGUUUCAGAAUAUACAUAUCGAUGUCUUAUGACUCCAGAAAAUGCAGAUCCUCAGUUUGUUUUAAAGUACAGAGGACCAGUAAGCAUGAAGGGAAAAACUGACCCAAUGCAAGUCUGGUUUUUAUCCAGAAAGGGUUCAGAAACAGAGGAAUAAAUAUUCUUUUGGAUUUGAAGAAAAAGAAUGAAACAGAAUCAACUCUGCUCUAUAUUUUUGAGAGAGUAGUCACGCUCACUUUUGCACACAAAGUAUUUUACAUUUCCUCUUCUGCAGCUAGCGUCUUUAGACUGUGCGCACUCUACAAACAUCUUAUUUAUUGUCAUUUUAUGUUCCAGUUAUAUUUCCUAAAUAUUCCAAUAUAAUAAAUAGUAUGUUUUGCCCUGGUGGCAAUAUUGCGUAUGCCAAAAAAUACUACUUAAAAUAUAUUUUAAGUGAUUAUUGUUAUCUACAUGGAUUGUUAAAAAAAAAGAAAUGUUUAUUUUAUGAUUGUUUCAAAUAAAUCACUACUGUAGAUAUUUAAAUACUCUGCUAUUGUUGUGAACAUGUAAUUUAAUAUGAUAUGUUUCUAGAAAGGGAAUGUUUUAGAAAGGCAGCUGUACAUAUUUUUGUUUAUAUUGUUCUGGAUACUUGAAACAGAAAGACCUGGUGCAGAAAGCCUGUUCUUAAAAAUGUACUAUAUUAUCUGCUCUUAAAGGGACACAAAACUGCAUUAAGAAAAGGCUUUAAUGCAUUAGACCAUUUUCUCAUUGGAUAAUUGCUUGGCUAUAACUAUUUGUUCCCCCCCCCCCCCCACACACACACACACAAAUGGAUCAGCUCCACAGCAGCAAUACACUUCUGUUCCUGAGCUGGACAAAGCAGUAGUUGGUGACUAUUCAUGUAUGUCGCUUGUGAGUGGUUUACAGGCCCAUGUUCAGCUAAAGAUCAACAGUACCUUGCAGCUCUGAAGCUGACUUUCAGUAUUUGUUUCAAACUUUUAGGGGUGGGUUAACCAUUUGGUUAUAUACAAACUGCAAUAAGAAAAUUAUAUAACAUAUUAGAUCAUUUUUUUUAUUGCAGCUUUAUGUCCCUUUAAGGUCUUUGCCCAUAAGAUGUACACCUAAAGGGCGAUGAUACCCAGAUGUUGAAACACUUGAAAGUGAUGCAGCA